AUGACCUCCGCUAAGGAAGGGAAGGCGGCGCCCCCGCUGCUGCAGCCGGGCGCGGAGGAAAGGCGCCGGAUCCCGCUGGACCAGCUGCCGCCGCCCGCCAACUCCAACAAGCCGCUGACCCCGUUCAGCAUCGAGGACAUCCUGAGCAAACCCUCCGGGCGCAAAGCCCCGGCCUCCCGCUUGCUGGACAAGGUCGCGGGCGCGACGGGGGCCCCCAGGAACGGCGUGCCCGCGCCGGCCUCGCCGCUCUGCGCCCUCGAGGAGCUGGCCAGCAAAACCUUCAAAGGGCUCGAGGUGAACGUGCUCCAAGCGGCCGAAGGCCGCGACCCGUUGGGCGCCUUCGGGCCCCGGCAGCCCUCGAAGAAGCGCCGGAAGUCGCGCACGGCCUUCACCAACCACCAGAUCUACGAGCUGGAGAAGCGCUUCCUCUACCAGAAGUACCUGUCGCCCGCCGACCGGGACCACAUCGCGGCGCAGCUGGGCCUGAGCAACGCGCAAGUCAUCACCUGGUUCCAGAACCGCCGCGCCAAGCUGAAGCGAGACCUGGAGGAGAUGAAGGCCGACGUGGAGUCGCUCAAGAAGCUGCCCCCCGCCGCCCUGGAGAAGCUGGCCAGCAUGCCCGAGCUCGAGCCCGAGGCCCAGCCGCCCCCCGCCCGCGCCCGCGCCGGCAGCCUGCCCCGCGCCUCGCCCCCGUCCUCGCCGGGCGCCUCGCUGCGCGCCACGGACGCCUUCUCCGACGGCGAGGACGGCGAGGACGACGACGAGGACGAGGAAGAGGAGAUAGACGUGGGGGACUGA